GUGAGGUGAAUGAUGUCACUGUCUGUGGGGGAAGGGAGCUAUCCGAAAGUACGGCCUGCCGGGACAUGCACUUUUGUACCUGCAAACCGAGUGAAACAAGUGCAAGAUAUUCGAAGAUAUCGUUUUAAACUAUGAAAUAUGUUUCCAUUAGACGAGUCAUUUAAUCGACUUGUGUGAUCUUUGGGUGAAAAUACUGAAGGGAGCUUCAUGCGUGGCGAAACCAUGGAGAGGAGGACACUGACAGUGGCGCUGUUCUGCUCCAUUUUUUCUACAGGAGUGCUUGCCAUCCAGGUGACAGUUCCCCAUACAGAACGGAGCACCACUCUGUUCGCCUCCGUCAUCUUACGCUGCGAUUAUUCUACAUCAGUCAACCAGCAAGAUGUGUUGGUUACAUGGCGCUACAAGUCAUUCUGCUUGGACCCUGUGUUGCAGUAUUACUCAACAGCGUACCAGGCUGCUUUGAGUUUGGGCCAAGAUCCAGCCAAUGACUGUCCUGAUCGACAACGCACCCUCCGCACAGUUAUUCAGAAGAGAGGAACCAAUGAACCCAUACUGGGGGCAGAAUACCGUGAACGCAAGAUCACCAUCCAAAACAAAGCUGAUCUGGUCAUCACUGAAGUCAUGUGGUGGGAUAAUGGUGUGUAUUUCUGCACCAUUGACGCAGCUGGCGAUACCAUCGGAGACUCUGAUCGGGAAGUCAAACUCAUUGUGUACCAUUGGCUGACUGUGCUGCUGAUCAUUCUUGGGGCAUUGCUUCUGAUCACACUUUUCUGUAUCUGCUGCUGUCAGUGCUGCCCUCAGAACUGCUGCUGCUAUGUUCGCUGUCCAUGCUGUCCAAAAACAUGCUGCUGCCCAGAGAAAGUGGUGAUGCAACAUAGGAUGAUGCGUGAGGCCCAGAAAGCCAUGGCUCCCUGGCUCCAUGGCCAACCUAUUUAUGCCCCCAUUGGGUCUAAUGGAUCGUCUCAGGCAAACCCUCUGCUCUAUUCAGGUUCCUUCUCAGAACAUUCUUCUAAACACAACAUACCAAUGGCACCAAUGGUCGUUCCUUCCAUGCAGUCUGGCCCACCUGUGGUACUUCCGCAUGGUGUCCAUGCCAGUGGGAGUGUGCAUGGUAGUGUCCAUAGCAACAGUCAGAUGCUAGACUUCCUGGAGAGUCAGGUGAGAGGGAUGGAUGUGGGAGCCCCACAUUUCCAGCCUCCAACUCAGUAUGUGCCAACCCAUUUUCAAGCCCUGCCUCCUCAGCAAGUACCCCUACAGCCUCAACCUUUGCAGAAUGUACAGCCCAUGCAGGCAUUAACACAAGCUGUGCCUUUCUCCCCUGGACCCCCUAGUAUGCUUUCAGCUUUGGAUGAAAUGGGUGUGCAUGGUGUAGAGCGCAGGGUUAUCCAGUUGCCCCCUAUCGUGGGCCGGGCACCGAGCCUGACCUCUCGCAGGGGCCCAAGGGAGAACCGUGGGGUACCCCGAAACUCCAGUCAAUCAAGUGGCAGCUCAAACCGCACAGGUCAUAACCGUGAUAAUUCCCGGUAUCCUGGGUCAUCACGGCGUGGAAUCCUGCGCAGCAACAGUGAUGAGUCUGACUGGAAUGACAGGCGGUUGGGCAGAGGGUCACGGGAACACAGGGGAGACAGGUCUGGCCCACGUGUUCGCAGCAAAGCUGAGCUAAUAAAGGAACUGCAAUGGGCAACUCCUCAACGAGACAGGAGCUACUCUCCCACACCUCAGGAUGGCUAUGGGAGCUCACAGGAAGAGGACGAUAGUUACAUAGGCUUGUCAAGAUCGCGAGACAGAGCUUGGCCUGAGAAUCCACCUAGUUACUCUUCUAUUGAAAUCAAACCAGGCCAAAGCAAGAGGACCAGUGAACGCAACUCGGACAAGAGCUCUCGCAGUGCUAUCAGCGUUGUGAUCUGAAGCCUCUUUGUGCUUUGUACUGUAUUUUCACAGUGAGUGCCUAUGUUAGCAUGACUGAUUCUAUAAUAUGGAGUGUUGCAAGUAUCAUAUUGAAGAUCAUUCUGAAAUCAUAUAACAAUUAACAGGACUAGGUCAGUUAUAUAAGAAAAUAGAAUGUAAUUUUUAUUGUAAUUUUUAAGAUUGUCCUAUGUUUUAUAUGAUUCUAUUUGUGCUCUGUAAUUUAAUUUUUUUACACAUUACUGGGCUGCACAAAUUUUUUUUAUUAUUAUUAUUUUUUACUAAAUAAUUAUAAAUUUUACAAGCUGAUUUUAUUUCUAAAUUUUCAUGUCUGUAUUAUUUGAAUGCAUUCUUUUUGUUGUUAUGCAGCAGGGUUUGUCUCACUCUUGGUGCUGUUACACACAGUUUGUAAGAAUUACACUUUACUUUGUGAGUAGCCUCACAAGUCUACAUGCUCUACAUAUCCUCACAGCCUAGUUAAUGUUUUCUGGAAGCUACAGUUUACUGUAAAUACAUUUUGCAUUUAAAAAAAAAAAGAAACACUCUUUAUGUUGGAAGGGAGUGUUGGUGUCUGACUGUAGGAUUUGAGGCAUGUGUUGAAAAUGAAGGAAUUAUAUGAAGGAAUUAAAUAUAACCUUGAUCAUUUAGAUGCUACAGAGCCAAAAAUGUGAAUUAAUUGAGAAAUAUGACAGUGGUUACUUGCAUAACAACUAUGUUUUAUAUCUUUUUUUGCUUACCUCUGAAAAGAUGUUCAAAUAAGAGGCAAAGCAGCACUGGAAUUCAUUUAAGAUUUUUUUUUCUUUGGAAACAGAUCCAGUGAACUAAAUUUUGCAUGGAUAAUUUACAGUAUGACUAAAUGUGUGUUUAUUUUUUCACACAACAUAAUGCAGCCAUAUGAAAUAUGUUUGUGAAAGUUUGAUUUUAGUCUUUGACGAUAUUUUUGACAAUCAAAAUGGCAAUGUCUGUAAUUGCAUAUAGAUAAAUAAACAAUUUUCAAGUGA